AUGUCGCAAAACGAAAUAAUUCCACCUUUAGAUAAAGAGCCUAUAAUUGUUAUUCCUCCUAGAAUUAAGCCUAGACCAGCCCCUAAAGUUACCUAUGGUAAAAAAAAGGUGAUGCAAGAGAAUGACGAUUCGUCAACAAGUAUGCGUGUUAAAACCAAUAAGCACGCAAUGGAUAGUAACGAACAAGAAACGGAAAAUUCGCAGGAAAAUCGUUAUCUGUAUCCAUCACCCGUUGCUGAAUCUAAAAAUCAAGUCAAAAAGCAAAAAUUUUCGAGACUAAAUAGUCCGUUGUCAUCGCUUCAAUCAAAGAAUAAUAUCGUAUCUAACAUCACCAAUGUGAAUAACAACACAUCCCGAAAGGCACAACAAAAACGCAAAAAUACAGAAAAUAAUGGCCAACAAAACAUCACCAAUUUCUUUAUUAAGCCUGCCAGUAGUCAGCAGUUGGCGCCGUCUUCGGCAAAAGUCAAUGAACGCAAAAAACUUCUUGAUAGCAACAGCAAUAUUCCGAAAAAUUACAUGGAAAAUUCUCGAAUCGAGAAGCAGCAAUAUCCUUUGAUACCCCAUUUUACCAAAAGGAUUUUAGAGGAUUCCAGCCUCAAGACACCUCCUACAACACCAAAGAAAUUCGAUGAUUUCAACUCUAAUAGUAAAUUCGAGCAGCUAUUCCUAGAAUUAGGACAAAAAAAUUUCGGUCCGAUAACCUGUUCCGAAUGUAAAAUGUCUUACAGUAAAGGAACUGAAGACGACCUGGUUCAUGACAGGUAUCAUCGAGGAGUUAUUGGUGGUAUUGAUUACCCGGGAUAUAAGAACGAAGUUGUCAUUCAAGAAUUUCCAGACAAAUGUCGAGUGAUUCUGUUUACUUAUAGUCGCGCCAGUACUCAUGAGAAACGGAAGAUCCGUGAAAUAUUAGAAGUUAUAAAGUUGGAAUUGAACUCUAUAGAAAUUUCGGAACAAAAAUUAUAUCUUUGCAAAAUAUUCUUAUAUAUUACUGCAAAGAAAAAGGUGGUCGGGUGUGUUGUUGCUGAGCAUAUAUCUCAGGCUUAUCGAGUCAUCCCUGAUGAGAAUGCGGUAUCAUCAGAAAGUGGAGUUCGAGAUGCUGGAUCGGCAAUCUUUUGCAGUACAAAGAAAAUUCCUGCAGUUUGCGGAAUUAGUCGUAUUUGGGUCUCUAGAGAUUAUCGCAGAAAAGGAAUUGCUACAAAGAUACUGGAUCUUGUCAGAAACAAGUUCAUCUAUGGGUGUAAUCUAAAACACGGCUCUAUCGCUUUCUCGCAACCCACAGUAGAUGGAAAAGCUUUGGCCACUCGUUAUGCAGGCACAAGUGAAUUUUUAGUAUACACUGAAAAUUAA